AUGCCAGCGAUUCACCGACAGGCCGGUGGCGAGAGGGACAGGGGAGGCGGAGAAUGGGCGGAAGGGGAAAGAAGAGGGGCAGCCGCAGGUGACGGCGGAAGGGCAGUGCGCAAGCGGGGGGAAGGGGGAAGGAUUGGGGAAGGGCAAGGCCGGGGGGGGGGCGCGAGAGUGGGGGAGUUUGUGGAGGCGGACUGGUAUGAAGCGGACUGGAAACAUGUCUCCCCCCUUUCCGCCGUCACUCCCCCCGAGCCCCCCGCCUCUGACGCGUGGCAGUGGUCCCGCUUUGGGCGGCAACUUAGCCGCCAAGACGGCCGCCCGGGCGGCAGGUCUGCGCGCAGCGAGCUGGACGGGAUGAUGGGCGGGGCGAGCGGGGGGGAAGGGGGGAGCGCGCGGAGGGAUGCGCGGGAGGAGUAUGUGAAUCGGUUCAAGGCGAAUCCCCCCCGCGCCUGGCGCGGGUGCGGGGGAGAAGCGGGGGAGGGGGCAGCAGAGCGGGGGAGGGGAGGGGAGGGAGGGGCGGGAAGGGCGGGAAGGGCGAGAGGGGAGGGAGGGGCAUGUGCCGUGUUUUGGGGCGGCAGGGGGAGGGGAGGACGGGACAGAGCACAACUGGGGAGGGGCGAAUCUGGGGAGAAUCUGCCCACGCCCAAGCAGAUCCGGGCAGCUCUGGAUGAAUUUGUGAUCGGGCAGGAUAAUGCGAAAAAGGUUUUGGCAGUGGCAGUUUACAAUCACUACAAGCGCAUCUUUCUUGAAAACCAGAAGCGGGAAAGACUUGCCAACCUGCCAGAGGGGGCGUGCGAGAACCUGGUGGGGGGCGGUGAGGAGGACGAGGUGGAGGUGGAGAAGAGCAACGUGCUGCUGAUGGGUCCCACGGGUUCAGGCAAGACCCUACUGGCCAAGACUCUGGCUCGGUUUGUCAACGUGCCAUUCGCCAUUGCUGAUGCCACCACUCUCACUCAGGCUGGUUAUGUGGGAGAGGACGUGGAGAUGAUUCUCUAUAAGCUGCUGCAGAGCGCCAAUUUCAGUGUGUCAGCAGCGCAGCAGGGCAUCGUGUAUAUCGACGAGAUCGACAAGCUUACCAAGAAGGCAGAGGGCAUCACGAGCACACGGGACGUGUCAGGGGAGGGCGUGCAGCAGGCGCUUUUGAGGAUGCUCGAGGGCGCUGUGAUCAAUGUGCCAGAGAAAACAGGGAGGAAGAAUCCAAGAGGCGAGUUCAUACAGCUGGACACACAGAACAUUCUCUUCAUCUGUGGAGGGGCAUUCGUGGAUCUGGAAAAGACGAUUGCAGAGAGGAAGCACAAGUCAUCCAUCGGCUUCGGGGCCCCCGUGCGCGCAUCGCUGCGCAACCGAUCGGUGCUUGACGCCCGCACUGCCGGCUCGCUGCUGCAAUCGGCAGAGAGCACGGAUCUGAUAGCCUAUGGGCUCAUCCCUGAGUUUGUGGGGCGAUUCCCCGUGCUGGUGGGGCUGCAUGCGCUCACAGAGGAGCAACUCGUGCAGGUUCUCUUAAAGCCCAAGAACGCCCUCAGCAAGCAAUUCGCCAAGCUAUUGGCCAUGAACAACGCCCGCUUGCACAUGACGGAGGGGGCAGUGAGGGCCAUAGCGCGCAGAGCAGCAGCGCGAAACACGGGGGCCAGGGGGCUGCGAUCGCUGCUGGAGGGGCUGCUCACCGAGGCUAUGUACGAGGUCCCCAGCAAUCUGGUGGAAGCAGUGGUGCUGGACGAGGCAUCGAUGGGGCACGAGGGGGAGGAAGGGGAAGAGGGCAAGCCGGUCCCCAGCAGUCUAGUGAAGGCAGUUGUGUUGGACAAGGCAUCGGUGGGGCACGAGGGGGAGGAGGGGGGCGACGGGGUCCCCAGCUCUCUGGUGGAAGCAGUGGUGCUGGACGAGGCAUCGGUGGGGCACGAGGGGGAGGAGGGCGAGGACGGGGUACCGGGGUGUGGGGCCCACAUACUGCAAGGGGAGGGCUCGUGGGAGCGGUGGUUGCAGGAUAACGAGGGGGGAGGAGAGAAGGCGGGAGGGAAGGGAGAGGAGGGCCAAGGGGGAGGAAGCAAGGGAGGCUCAUCUGGGGGAGGUGGAAGUGAUGAGGAAUCGGAUGCAGCUCCUGCUCUUGCCACAGCCACUGCAGCUUGA